AUGCUAAAUAAAAUUGGUGAAAAAGAUUUAGAUCAAUCUAAUUAUAGAUUCAGAACAUUAUCAAUAGAUAAUUUUAAUAUUAAUUAUUCUCCAAGUAAGACUGAUCCUCCUAUAGGUAUAUUUGAUCAUUUUAUACAAGAAAAUAAAUAUAAUAGAAGUAUUACUGAAUCUUUAACUUAUAUGGAUCCUAUAUUAAAUAAUAAUAAACAUAGUUAUGAGGAAUAUGAUAUAUCAAAAGAUGAUCAUACUAAAGAUAUAUUAGAUAUAAGAUCUAUAAAUAACAGAGAAUUUAUAAUAGAUGAAUCAACUAAUCUAAGAGAUCAAUUAAUUACUAAUACAUCUGAUAGUAUUUCAAUAAAUCAUACAACAAGUACAAUUAAUGAUGAUUCAAAUUUGAAUAUUAUGAAUGAAGUAUCAAGUGUAUUAACAACAUCUUCAGAUACUUGUACAACUAUAAAAUGGAAUUUAGUUUGGAAAACUAUAGAAAAUAUUGAUAAACAAAUUCAAAGAAAAGAUCAAAAGUAUCAAAAAUUUCGUACAUUAUUAUAUAAUUUGGGAAAUAAAGACAUUGAGUCUUUAGAUAUUACAAAGGAUACUGUUUCUAAUGUAUCAUUAUCAGUACAAAUAUCAAAUUAA